AUGUCUGUUCCGGGGCAUGGCAACAACAACCACGUCGCGACCGAGGCCGCCUACAAGGAGGGCCAGGCCGGCAAUCCUCUCCAUCCCGAUCCUGCCAACUCCGGCCCUGGAGGCGCCAUCCCCAAGCCUCACCAGUCCAUGGUCUCCCAAGUCUACGACCCCCAGUUUUUCAAGAUUGCCAAUCCCGGCCCCUUGGGUCUCAUCAGCUUCGCCCUCACUACGUUUGUCCUUGGGCUCUAUCAGUGCGGCGCUGGAUUGCCCGGCUCCAACCCCAUGGGCGGUGUGGGGCCAGAUCAAGCCGUGUUCGGGCUGGCCGUAUUCUUCGGCGGCGCGGCCCAGUUCAUCGCCGGCAUCAUGGAGUUUCGCGUCGGCAACACCUUUGGCACCACGGUACACUGCUCCUACGGCGCCUUCUGGCUAGCUUUCGCCAUGUUCUUGGUCCCGUCGCUGGGCAUCAAGGACGCCUACGCGGGCGACGCCCGUGCCUUCAGCUUCGCGCUGGGCAUCUUCCUCAUCCUGUGGUGCUUCCUCACCCUCGUCUUCUUCAUUGCCGCGCUGCGCACCAACAUUGCCAUUCUCGUGGUCCUGGGCCUCCUGGUGCUGGCCUUCUUCUUCCUCAGCGUCGCGCAGUUCGUCUCCACCACCCACCCGACGGGGGCUAGGCGUGUCAAUCGUGCCGGAGGCGUCUUCUCCGUCCUGUGCGCCACGGCGGCCUUUUACGCCGGGAGCGCUGGCAUCAUGACCGAGGCCACGACCUGGGUCCGCCUGCCGCUGGGGGAGUUUGCUCGAGCGCCCAAGAGCCACACCGUGUGA